GAAAAGGCCAAGUUAAGACAACAUUACAACCGAAACAAACACAACCCCCACCAUUUUUUAUUUUCAUCCGUUUCGUUCUCUUGUUUUGGUUCGUUUUUUCCCGUUAAAAUCGUGUCGGAAUCAACAAACAUAGCGCAAAAGAAAAGUCUUAGCCCACCGAUGGCUCAAGUCUUGUCUCCGCCAAUGGCUAUCACCGGGCCGACGCCGCUACAGUUCAUGGCGGGUCUUCUUGGUCGAAUCGUUACUAAAGACACGAACAAAGAGAUCAGUACUCCAGAGAGUCCGAAGAGUCCACGGACCCCUCAAGGCUCUAUUCUCAUGGAUAAGUACGAAUUAGGAAAGCUUCUAGGUCACGGAAGCUUCGCUAAGGUUUAUUUAGCACGGAACAUUAAAUCCGGCGAGGACGUGGCCAUCAAAGUCAUUGACAAGGAGAAGAUCGUGAAGAGUGGAAUGGCCGGUCAUAUAAAACGGGAGAUCUCGAUCCUCCGACGUGUUCGCCACCCUUACAUUGUCCACCUCCUUGAGGUCAUGGCUACGAAGACAAAGAUUUACAUCGUGAUGGAGUACGUACGAGGCGGAGAGCUUUACAACACGGUGGCUAGAGGACGGCUAAGAGAAGGAACUGCUCGGAGAUAUUUCCAGCAGUUAAUCUCAUCCGUGGCUUUCUGCCACAGCCGCGGUGUUUACCACCGCGAUUUGAAGCUUGAGAAUCUGCUUUUGGACGAUAAGGGGAACGUUAAAGUCUCUGACUUUGGGCUCAGCGUUGUCUCGGAGCAGCUCAGGCAAGACGGAAUCUGUCAAACGUUUUGCGGGACGCCAGCUUAUUUGGCUCCCGAGGUUUUGACAAGGAAAGGUUACGACGCAGCCAAAGCCGAUAUUUGGGCUUGUGGAGUGAUCUUGUUUGUGUUGAUGGCUGGUUACCUUCCGUUUGAUGACAAGAACAUAUUGAUUAUGUACAAGAAGAUAUACAAAGGUCAGUUUAAGUGUCCUAAAUGGUUUUCUCCUGAGCUUGCAAGGCUUGUGACAAGGAUGCUAGACACGAAUCCGAAUACAAGAAUCACAAUACCUGAGAUCAUGAAGCAUAGAUGGUUCAAGAAAGGGUUCAAACAUGUCAAGUUCUACAUCGAAAACGAUAAGUUAUGUAGGGAGGAUGAGGACAAUGAUGGAGACGAUUCAUCAUCAUUGUCAUCAGGAAGAUCAUCGACUGCUUCAGAAGGAGACGCAGAGUUUGAUAUUAACAGAGUUGAUUCAAUGCCGAGACCCGCGAGUCUAAACGCAUUUGACAUCAUAUCGUUCUCUACCGGAUUUGAUCUUUCUGGUUUGUUUGAAGAAGGUGGACAAGGAGCAAGGUUUGUAUCCGCUGCUCCUGUGAUAAAGAUCAUAUCGAAAUUGGAAGAGAUUGCGAAGACGGUGAACUUUACGGUGAGGAAGAAGGAUUGGGGCGUGAGGUUAGAAGGUUGUAGAGAAGGUGCUAAAGGACCGUUGACUAUUAAGAUUGAGAUCUUUGAGCUGACACCAUCUCUAGUGGUGGUUGAGGUGAAGAAGAAAGGAGGGAAUAUAGAAGAGUAUGAGGAGUUUUGCAACAAGGAACUUAGACCACAGCUGGAGAAACUGAUGCAUUACAAAGCAGAUGAAGUUGAAGAAGCAAUGUGUUUGCCACCUGAAAUUGAACAGUUACAAAGUUAAAAAAAUAACUGGAAGGUCGAGAGAAGAAGACAUAACAAGAGAAGGUAUCAUCAUAGAACGAGACUAAUAACAUUCUUUGUUACUAUACCAUAUAAUUUCAUUUGUUUUGUUGUAUAUAUAUGAAAGUGAUGAGAGAGUUGUAAUGGGAGUGAUAUAGGAAGAUCAGAGAAGAAAAGAAAUUUAGAGUAGUGCGAUCUAAGGCAGUUGGACGGUUUUUGCUGGCGAUUACAAAGGCUAGUUUUUCGUUUAUUGCUAAUAUGUUUGUACAUGUAUCUCUAACAAAGAGACAAGCUUAAUGAUAAUUCUUUCUCGGCCUUCCCCUA